CCGCACUUGGUGUCGGCGUCCUCCAAUACGGAGCUUCGAGGAGCUGCGUCCUCUCUCUCUUUUGCUCUCUCUUUCUCUCUCCUCUAUCCACACACACACGCGCGCGCACGCCAGCAGAGCGAGUGUGCGCUCCCCAUCAGCUCCCUAUAGCUCCUCUGUGUGCCUAAUACACCGGAAAAUCAAAGCCCGAGCCUCCUCUGUUCACACACCGGCUGCGUUACGCACAGCCAAAAGUGGGAGACGCGCCUCUUUUUCUCCUCUCUUAUCCAUUUUUCCUCCAAAGUUGUGCGCUCACAUUUGUGAGAAUCCUGCAGCUGAUGAUUUUCUUUCAUUUUUCUCCUUUUUCAAACUCUGGGCAGUCUCUCUGCUGUGCUUCCUCCGAAGCCAGUAUGUCUGGAUGAGGUGGUUUUACGCACGCUUCUGACAUGGAUCACAGACUCUCCAGACGCAGCUGGCUGCCGGUGACAAGUCUGGUUAUAUGUCUGCUGCUAUGCGCUUGUGUGGUGGACUUGGUUCUGGCGCAAAUACGCUACUCCAUUCCAGAGGAGCUGGAGCACGGAGCCUUUGUGGGCAACAUCGCAGAGGAUCUGGGUCUGGAUGUGGCCAAGCUGUCAGCCCGUCGAUUUCGAAUAGUUUCUGGUGCGAAGAAGCAGUAUUUAGAGGUGAACUUGGAAAAUGGCAUUCUCUUCGUCAACGAAAAGAUUGACAGAGAGGAGCUCUGCGAGCGAAGUCCGAACUGUUUUCUGCAUUUACAAGUGGUGAUUGAAAACCCCUUAGAACUGUACAGAGUGGAAGUGGAAAUCUUAGAUGUGAACGACAAUUCUCCAACUUUUCCGUGGAGUGAGUUCAACCUGGACAUCACGGAGUCCGCCUCCCCCGGUUCACGCUUCCCGCUGGAGAGCGCGCAGGAUCAGGACGUGGGCACCAACUCUCUGCGCUCCUACCAGCUGAGCGCAAACGAGCACUUCGUCUUAAGCAUCCAGACGCGUAACGACGGAAGCAAGUUUGCAGAGCUCGUGCUGGACACCCCGUUGGACCGCGAGCAGCAGAAGCGGCACGAGAUGGUUCUCACUGCCCUGGACGGAGGCUCUCCGGAGCGCUCAGGGACGGCGCUGAUAACGGUCACCGUGUUGGACGCAAAUGACAACGUGCCCAUGUUUGACCGCUCCGUUUACCGCGCAAGCCUGGUGGAAAACGCACCGAGAGGGACGCUGGUGCUGAAACUGAACGCAACAGAUUUGGAUGAAGGCACGAACGGGGAGGUCACCUAUGCGUUUAGUGGACACGCGCCGCUCAAGGUGCGCGAGCUGUUCAGCGUGGACCCGUACAUGGGUGAAAUCCGAGUCAGAGGCGUUGUGGACUACGAAAAGGCCAGCGUCUAUGAGCUCUACGUGCAGGCGAAAGACAGGGGGCCGUCAGCUGUGGCGGUGCACAGCAAAGUGCUGGUGGACAUCCUGGAUGUGAAUGACAACGCCCCCGAAGUCAUCCUCACUUCAGUCUCCACACCUGUCCAGGAAGACGCGCCGCCGGGGACGGUGAUCGCCGUGAUCAGCGUCAUGGACCGAGACUCGGGGGAGAACGGGAACGUGGACUGUCAGAUCCCCAGUAAUGUCCCCUUUCAGCUCCAUUCGUCCUUUAAAAACUAUUACACUUUAGUUACGAGCGAGUUUUUGGACAGAGAAGCCACGUCUGAGUAUAACGUGACCCUCACAGCUCGGGAUCUGGGCUCCCCUUCUUUGUCCACCAGGAAAACAAUCCUGGUCCAAGUGUCCGACAUUAACGACAACCCCCCGCGGUUCUCCCAGCCUUCAUACACAGUUUAUGUGACCGAGAAUAACGCCCCGGGCGCUUCCAUUUGCUCCGUUAAUGCAUUCGACCCCGAUUCCAACCAGAACGCAUAUCUGUCCUAUUCUAUCCUGGAGGGUCAGAUCCAGGGCAUGCCCGUGUCCACUUAUGUCUCCAUCAAUUCCGACAACGGCAACAUCUACGCGCUGCGCUCCUUUGAUUACGAGCAGCUGAGAAACUUUCAGAUUCUGGUGCAGGCGCAGGACGCUGGCUUCCCGCCUCUCGCCAGCAAUGUCACAGUGAACGUCUUUGUGUUGGAUCAGAACGAUAACGCACCUGUCAUCGUGUCCCCUCUACCCAAAAACGGCACGGUGGCCUCGGAGGUGGUUCCGCGCUCAGUGGACGCGGGCUACCUGGUGACUCAAAUUACCGCUUUGGACGCAGACGCGGGGCAGAACUCCCGCCUGUCCUACCAGGUGCUGCAGGCGACAGACCCGGGACUGUUCAGCGUGGCUCUGUACACAGGUGAAAUCAGAACUAUACGCCGACUAGUAGAAAGAGACGCAACAAGACAGAGGCUGGUUAUUUUGGUCAAAGACAACGGGCAGCCGCCGCUCUCAGCCACCGUCUCCAUUGUCCUCACAGUGGUGGACAGCCUCCCUGAGUCGCUGUCAGAUUUCGGAGACCUCACACUCAGCCCGCAGCCCCCCUCAAACGUCGCUCUCUACUUGAUCGUGUCCCUGAGCACGAUCUCCCUCAUUUUCCUGGUGGCCAUCAUCAUCCUGGCUGCGGUCAAGUGUUACAAGGACAGGGAGACCCACAGCGGCUACAACCUGCCUCCGUUCUCCUGCUGCUGCUGCGGGGGGUUUCAGCCGGAGCCGCCCACGGAGGUGUUCAAAAAAUCCAACAUCAACCUGCAGAUUUCAUCCGCGGCCAAAGUGCCUCCGAACUGUAUGGAGGUGAAUGGAAAUAGCAGUGUGUCUCAGUCAUAUUGUUAUAAAGUGUGUCUGACCCCCGAAUCAGCCAAAAGUGACUUUAUGUUUCUGAAGCCGUGCAGCCCGGGCAGCACGCCGAGGAACAACGAGGCGAAGAGCGCGGAAAACUCCUGGAACGCGCACAGCCGGAGCGCAUCCGUGAACAACGGAGCCACAACUCCCAGCGAGCUGAAGCAGCCAAACACAGACUGGACUCUCACAAAGAAUCAGAAUUCGUCCAUCAAAAGUUACAACUCAAUUAACAUGGAUGGCACCCUCAUGCGUAAGGCCAUGCAUGCAGACCCUGACAACUAUGUGACCUCCAUGGCACCCGGCCAGUACUGGACCUGGGGUACUCAUAUGAAAGGCAUGAAAGAGUAUAAGAUGUCGCCCUCACCGACCGGGCUCUCCUCUCGUCCCUGGACUCCUCGAUGCACACCCCCUCCACAGCAGCAGCAGCCGUCCAUCCCGCCCCACCCGCACCCUCACCCACCGCCCGAUUACCACCACAACGUGUACAUCCCCGGCACUCCAUCAGGCUUUUGCACUCUGCGGCCCGCCGUGCAGAGAAGCGAGCUGGACGUCCACAACUCCUUCUCCACGUUCGGGAAGAAGCGGCGUCUUCAGAUGUCCCCCCAGGGAGAGGCUGCGAUGAUAAAUAAUGACCUGUACAAUGACUGAGGUUCCAGCGACUGCCUGACUGGAUAAUCGCAGUGAUGGAUGACAUUGUGAAAACAGAGGGAGGCAUCAUUCAGCGCAUAAAUGAAUUUCCAUAUGAUUUAGACCUGCUAUGACAAAUGGAAAGAGGAUUAAGUGAAUGGACAAUCUAUGGUGGAGGAGCUUAAUCUGACAUGGCACCGCGUCAUUACCAAUGUAUAUGACUAGUAUUAUCACUGUUACUGUCAUUUAAACUGUUACUAUAUUAUUUAGACAAUCAAAACGGAACAACAAUUCCACCCAAAUGUUUUGAAAACCAUGAAUUAUUUGCACAUUUGUAUGAAUUCAUAUUUUGGUUAAAGAAAUAAAAAAUGUCUUUUGUUUUUGUAUGUAAAAUUGCUAACAGAGCUUGUGUAAAUAUGACAAAUAUUGUGUAAAUGUAUAUGCAAGCUGCAUUAUGAUGCAGACUACUGUAAUGACGGGGGACGUUCCUCCUCACACGUACUGUAAACAUUUAUCAAAGUAAAGUAUUUUUUUCACCUUGUCUUUUCUGACUCUUUCACAUGAAAUCAUUGGUGAUUCAAUCACUCCAGGAUUUUCUUCUCUAUGUUUGCUGGAUCAAUAAAGCAGAUAUAGUUACGACCUUUACUUGUGUGUGCUAAACUAGAUCAAGUUCAAUUACUUUAUUUUUGCUGCAGAGAAAGUUUUACACAGACUUUCACAAGCUUUUUUGCCAUGCUAAGCUGUUUUUCCAUGGUGAGAAAUAAACAUCGUAAAAUGCUAACAUAUGCUAAUUGGAGCACUUGCAUUUCCAUUUGCCCGCAGAGAAUACCAGGGUUCAUUAACUGAACAAACAGAACCCCCCUCUCUUGAAAUAUCACUUUAAUUAAGACCACGAACAUGAACACAAGCUUUGGGAGAAGCAGGGGAUCAACUGCAAAUGCCACACCUGAAUAAAAGCCACGGGGGCCAGUGGCUACUCUUUCUCCGUGCCCUUUUACAAACUUCUUAGGGAACACACUCCUAUCAGCAACAGAUGAGAGUGGGCCACCGGCCAGGAAUGAGCAGGGUAAUUAGGUUGUCCUAUGAGUGGAACUGAAAUAAUUCUGUUAAUAAGGAAGCUGGUGUCCACAGAGAGCAUGGGGUGGGUGGAUAGGGUGGGGGCAGACUAACCUUUCCAGCAGUAGGCGAUCCACUGGGAUGACUGCAGGGGAAGCCAUAUUUAGGUCAGCUUGGCUUAUUUUGAGAAUAGUAAAGGAAAUGCUUUGACAACAUAUACAUUUUUUUUUUAAAUCAAUGCAUAUGUAUCACAAAAUUUAAAAAAAAAUCUGCAUCUAUUAUUGUCAUUUGUGAAACAGUUAUAAAAGACCUGAUAAAUUUCCUAUUGCUUUUUUCACCAGAUGUAAUGUUUACUCAAAGACAGCACAACACUUUUCUUUUCCAAACUGCUGUGUUCUAUGUAACAGGAACUGUCCAUUUCCGUGGUGCUGAAACCUCAGUGACUGAUGACAUUGUUUCAAAAAAAAAAGUGUAAUGUGAGUGUGUGUCCGCCAGAGGGCGCUUCAAAAUGUCAAUACCCUCUUAAAUGAAAAAAGUAAUUUAAAAAAGUCUAAACAUUUAUAACUUUACCCUCUCGAAGCACUCCAGGUGUAACCACGUGUGGUUGAAAUCACUAUUUUCCCAAAGAGAAAAAAAAAGAAAA